UAGGCCGAGGCGUCUGCACUAGCUGAGUCCCCGCUGCUGCCCGACACUCGCCAUGCGUCCCGAGGCACUGUGGCCGCUGUUUUGGGGAGCCCUGGUCUGGGCGAUGGGAUCCGUGUGCACCGUGAUGGGCUCGGGGGAUUCUGUGCCCGGUGGCGUGUGCUGGCUCCAGCAGGGCGGAGAGGCCACCUGCAGCCUGGUCCUGAAGACGCAGGUCAGCCGCGAGGACUGCUGCGCUUCCGGCGACAUCAACAGAGCCUGGUCCAACUUCACCCACCCAGGCAAUAAGAUCAGCCUGCUGGGCUUUCUGGGCCUGGUCCACUGCCUCCCCUGCAAAGAUUCCUGCGACGGAGUGGAGUGUGGCCCCGGCAAGUCGUGCCGCAUGCUGGGGGGCCGUCCACACUGCGAGUGCGUGCCCAACUGCGAGGGGCUUCCCGCGGGCUUCCAGGUCUGCGGCUCUGACGGCGCCACCUACCGGGACGAAUGCGAACUGCGCGCCGCGCGCUGUCGCGGACACCCAGACCUGCGCGUCAUGUACCCCGGCCGCUGCCAAAAGUCGUGCGCUCAGGUAGUGUGCCCGCGGCCCCAGUCGUGCCUCGUGGAUCAGACCGGCAGCGCACACUGCGUGGUGUGUCGCGCUGCGCCCUGCCCGAUACCUUCCAACCCCGGCCAAGAACUCUGUGGCAACAACAACGUCACCUACAUCUCGUCCUGUCACCUGCGCCAGGCCACUUGCUUCCUUGGCCGGUCCAUUGGAGUCCGGCACCCAGGCGUCUGCACAGGUGGCCCCAAAGUACCAGCAGAGGAGGAAGAGAACUUCGUGUGAGCUGCAGCCACUGGGCCUGGCGUCUGAGGCCGUCCCGAUUUUAUUUAUUGUUACAGAAAGAGUCUAAUUUAUGUCAUUUGUGGACACUCCCCAUACCUGGCCUGGAACCACUUGGGGAUCCCCUAGGAUCCUGAGCACAUAUCCCAAGGACUGAAGGAUUUUUUAUGAGUUGGUAUCUACCAUCACCAGAUGCUGGGAUCAAAGUUAGAACCCCAGACACAGGGAGGGCAGCUUCGUUUGAUCUCCCCACCUGCUUUCUAGGCUGAAGCUGUCUCGGGGCACAGCUCAUGGUUGUGCAUCCCCCUCAGUUGGUGUUUCCAUAUGGCCGGCCUCAGACCAGAGCAGGCAGUGUCGGGUCAGAGAAACACUGGGUUCAUUCCUGUUCGGUCCACUCAGGGUGGGAUGUAGCUGACUCGCAGGCCCAGGACAGCCAGUGGACACCAGGAUUCCCUGUGCCCAGAUCACCCAGAGUCGCUCUAGCACCUAUUGCCCUGGUCCCCGGACAGCCACAUUAGCUACUAUCCAGUUCCCAACCAGGCCCACGCCUCACAAGCCCAGAUGCUGUUUGGGGCUGGACUGUAUCACCACUCAGCCUUCACCCUGACAGCUGCCGCCGAAACUUUCCCAUACCCACAAGUGCCUUCAAGGAAGCCGAGGGGGGGACUGUGGUGCUGUGGGUAGAGUGCUUGUCUACUGUUCACACAGCCCCAGCACCACAGAAAACAGACAUGUUGGUUCAGGCCUGUCAUCCCAGCACUUGAGAAGUAGAAGCGUGGGGAUCAGGAGUUCCAGGUCAUCCUCCUUGGCCAUGCUGUGAGUUCAAGACCAGCCUGGGCUAUAUAAGACCUUAUCUUAAAAAAAAAAAAGAGAGAGAGAGAGAGAAAGAGAAAGAAA